UAUAGCCGAUUUGGAACAUGGUCUUGCUGAUGUGGAGAACAAGACUUCCCAGAUAGAGACGCGCUUGGCGUCCUUCAACAACACAGCGGUGGGAAGUGCGACCAACCCGGCAGUGUCCUGCAAGUACAUCAAGGACCAUGUGGACGGAGCGGAAGACGGACUGUACCACCUCCGCAGUCCGGGAGGGGUGGUGUACGAGACCUACUGCGACAUGACGAUUGGCGGUGGCGGGUGGACCCUGGUCUCUAGCGUGCAUGAGGACGAUAUCUACGGCAAGUGUACCGCCGGGGACCGCUGGUCCUCCACCCGGGGAAGCACCACUAACUAUCCCGAAGGGGACGGCAACUGGGCUAACCACAACACUUUCGGCUCGGUGCCGCUGGCGACCAACGACGACCUCAAGAACCCAGGUUACUUCAGUAUCGAAGCCUCUGACGUAAUGCUGUGGCACGUGCCCAAUGACACGCCGCUGUCCCAGUACAAGUCUGCCGCCUUCCUGAGGUAUUACACAACCAACGGCUUCCUACAGCAGUAUGGCGGCAACAUGUACUCUCUCUUCAAGGACCAUUUCCCGAUUGUGUAUAACGGUGGGACUACAGCUGACAAUGGACCGGCUAUUCCCAUCACAUGGGACAGAGGCAGUAAUGGGCUGAGGACUUCACUCCUUGCUCCAAACACAGUUCCACAGGUGACCCCAGGGUUUGUGCAGUUCCGUGUCUUCAACACAGAACGCGCUCCCCUCGCUGUGUGUCCUGGUGUGAGGUACAACGGCGGAGAGUCAGAUGCCCUCUGCAUCGGUGGUGCAGCUUACUGGCCACAAGCAGCCCCUCGGCAGUGUGGAGACUUCUCGGCCAAGGCCUGGGAUGGAUACGGAACCCACACCGGCUGGAGCAGCAGUAGGCUGGAACUGGAGUCAGCAGUUCUCUUCUUUUACCGAGAUUGCCUGUCAGAAGGUCUAGCCGAGCAAAUGAGUGAAGAGAAUUCGAAAGUACGCAUCAGAAAAAUGGCGCACGAGCACAGGAGCGAGCGGCUGUCCCUGUCGGCGGGGCUGGCCGUGUGCAGCUUGGCGGUAACCGUGGCCGUCCUGCUCGUGAGCUUCCUACACAGCGGAGGCCUGGUUCGGCAAGACGACGUCGCCUCCCUGCGCGAGCGGCUUGCCUCGGUGGAGAAGGAACUGUCCCACUGGAAGGAGAAGAGUCAAGAUGAGUUGGUGUACUGGAGAGAGAAGAGCCAGUCACUUCUGGAACGUGUGACAGUGGUGGAGACUAAGAUACAAGACGGACUCUGGUCGGAACACAGUUCCGUACUGGACACAGAGGCUGACUCCCCGAUGCCGCCCGAGGGCCCGAAGAGUUCCGACAGCGGUUCGUCAGGAGUCAACAGUGACGCAGUCCGGGUGAGGUCAAAGAGGCAGGCUGUCGGCGCAAACACGGUCAGACUGCCAAUUUCAGGGUGUAUGCAAGGUCCUCCUGGUCCCCCUGGGCCUGUCGGACGGGACGGUCGGGACGGGGUACAGGGACCCCCGGGGCCUGCUAGCUGUGGCUGUUAUGGAGAGGGAGUGCCGCGGCGUAUAGCCGAUUUGGAAGAUGGUCUUGAUGCUGUGGAGAACAAGACUUCCCAGAUAGAGACGCGCUUGGCGUCCUUCAACAACACAGCGGUGGGAAGCGCGACCAACCCGGCAGUGUCCUGCAAGCACAUCAAGGACCAUGUGGACGGAGCGGAAGACGGACUGUACCACCUCCGCAGUCCGGGAGGGGUGGUGUACGAGACCUACUGCGACAUGACGAUUGGCGGUGGCGGAUGGACCCUGGUCUCCAGCGUGCAUGAGGACGAUAUCUACGGCAAGUGUACCGCCGGGGACCGCUGGUCCUCCACCCGGGGAAGCACCACUAACUAUCCCGAAGGGGACGGCAACUGGGCUAACCACAACACUUUCGGCUCGGUGCCGCUGGCGACCAACGACGACCUCAAGAACCCAGGUUACUUCAGUAUCGAUGCCUCUGACGUAAUGCUGUGGCACGUGCCCAAUGACACUCCGCUGUCCCAGUACAAGUCUGCCGCCUACCUGAGGUAUUACACAACCAACGGCUUCCUACAGCAGUAUGGCGGCAACAUGUACUCCCUCUUCAAGGACCAUUUCCCGAUUGUGUAUAACGGUGGGACUACAGCUGACAAUGGACCGGCUAUUCCCAUCACAUGGGACAGAGGCAGUAAUGGGCUAAGGACUUCACUCAUUGCUCCAAACUCAGUUCCAGAGGUGACCCCAGGGUUUGUGCAGUUUCGUGUGUUCAACAAUGAACGCGCUCCCCUCGCUGUGUGCCCAGGAGUGAGGCACAACGGUGGUAAUUCAGAACAUGUCUGCAUCGGCGGUGCGGCGUACUGGCCAGAACAAGCCCCUCGGCAGUGUGGAGACUUCUCGAGUAAGGACUGGGAUGGAUACGGAACUCACACCGACCGGAGCAGCAGCAGGCUGGAACUGGAGUCAGCAGUUCUCUUCUUUUACCGCUAAUGAAAAAGUACCAUUAAGUAAUCUCUCUAGUGAUUACAAGAGAUAAUAGAUUACGAGAGAUAAAUAUAAAAUAUAGUUAGUGCGAAUCUUUUGCUUAGACACAUCAUCUUCUAGAAACUGCAUGUAAUCUUUCAAUUGUGCAUGUCGGUGCAAAUAACGUGCACAUUGGUUUGUUAUCAUUAUAGGAUACGUUAUGUUACUGUAGUACUUGUAUUAGGUGUAGUAAAUAGGUAGGUUAUCUACAAUUGACUUCUUCUGCUCCAGGUGUAAUAUAUGUAUUUUUGAAAAAACAAUUAGUAUUUUAUGGUGUUCCAACAAAACAAACUGCUUUAAUUCAUUUUAUGUUCACGGUAGCAAAAUUUCAUUGUCUGAGAAAAAUGGACAUAUUCUCGGAACUAUAUAUUCACGGUGGUGACAGGUGCAGGAAAAAGAAGUCCAGGAAUGAUUUGUUAACUGUAAUGGUGAGUUCAGGGUACUGAAGUGACAG